GAGGGUCGAGCUGCGGAGAGCAAAACUACCUCGCGUUGUGAUUUCGAUAAGCUUCAUGUUGGUGAGAACGAGUUUUGCUAUGGCUUUGGAUGGAGCAAUGCAUAUCAAGAAACGAUCGAUUCAACUAAUUUGAUGCAACAUUUGGAGUAUUUGGGAGAGCGUGCAACUUUCAAGGAGCUCAUUUUGGUGAAUGUCAACUGGGAAAUGUUUGCAAAUUGCAAGUUCGCAUGCGAGGAAUUUAUAAGACCAACGCACAAGCUAGAGCUUCAUUUACGAGCGACUUUUUUCACCAAUAAUUAUGCGGUUGGAUUGCAAGAAGUUCGGUUGACAGGUUGGGGGAAUGCCAUGGUUGAUCCAUUAAAUGACUCGAUCUUGUUGGAUUUGUAUCUUUUGCGUUUUCACAGGCGGCAAAUUGAUGAAAUUGACCUUCGAGCAGUUGGCGGAGAAGCAGAAUUUCAAAAUUUCUUGCACAACUUAUCUGGAUUGCAAGAUGCAGUAUUGGAAUCUGCG